AUUCUGAUCGUUUUCAGCCUUUCCACAGAGUGAAUUGUUUAUUUAUCAUGUUCAAACUAAAGUGUAAGUUUUUGAAUUAAUAAUUGUUUAUCGAAAGGUGUUUGACGAUUCUGUAAUGUCGUUAUUUCCCGCUUACAAUAAUCAGUCCGACAAUUCAUCGAAAGAUGAAUCCAUUCAGCAAUCUUCCUCUUCAGGCUACUCUUGGCUGAAUAACUCCAGUUUUGCACAUGUUGAGCAAUCUUUGCUUCAAGAAACAACAAAAAAUGCAUCUUCAAGAGAAGAUGAAACUGCCAGGCAUAAAAUUGAGGAAAAGAUAAAACCUCAAUCUGAUGUUUGUAAACAUGAAAGUAACAAAUCUGACAUAUCGUCAAGAAAACAUAGAACAAAGCACAAGAAACACAAGAAGAGUAAAACUGAAAAAUCAAGCCGUCGGAAUAAACAAGUGAGAUAUUUGAAACGAUUUGAAGCCAAGGACUUGAAAGCAUUAAUUAAGGAGGAUGACGAAUUUUAUGAAGACCGACGCAGGGAGCUUGGUAAUCACUCGGUUGACACUCUUCACCGUCCGGCUAUACCUAAAUAUGACUGCCCUAGAACGUAUUACUCUGUCAAACAGACCAAACGUCGUGCGGAGAAAAGCAGAAAAGGACGAUACUUCCAUUUCGAUUGGGGCAAAGUAGAGAGUGAAAAUUUCUUCUGUGGAUCUCGAAAUGAAGAUUCUUGUGACCGAAAUGAUUCUGUGAUAACUGUCAAGUCAGAAGAAGAAAUUCUGGAACGAACUUCUCGAUUUAAUAAACAGCUGGCAGAAGAGCCUAAUAAUGUAGAUUUGUGGAUGCAAUACAUCAAAUUCCAGGAUACCACUUUGAAAUACCAACCGGUGACGGCGAGCUUUUCUUCGGCUCGUAAAAAAUUGGCCAUAGCUGAUAAGAAAUUGGCAAUUGUGGAGAAGGCUCUGAGUUUGAAUCCUCUCUGUGAACAGCUGCUGAAAGAGAAGAUGCAUUUGGCUGAGCUCGUGUAUCCACCUGGAAAAUUGAAACAAGAAGCACUGGACAUGCUGAACAAGGAUCCGACCAAUGGAGUGUUGUGGCGGUGUGUAAUUCAUAGCAGCCAGUACAGUCUGGCCCAGUGUACAGUGCCCGGCACGCAGUUGGCCUAUGCGCAGGCAUUGGAGCGUUUACACCAUGCAAGGCGCGGGUCAACUCAGGAGAGCGGUGCUAGGAUAUCAACUAGUAUGAUUGAGUUGUUGUUUGAAUGCAUGCUGUUCAUGCGUCAGGCUGGUCUGUGGGAGCAUCUUCUCACUCUCAUAAGGCUCUCUCUCGAACUCAACCUCGCCGUCCCGGGUUCGUCUACAUUCAACUUUAACAUCACCAUUCCUGAGCAACAAAUACGAGAUUUGGAAGACACUAUUCUGCAGAGCGGCCUACCGAUGCCGGCAAUAUGGCUGCGAGUGGAGCGAGUGCGCGAGCUCUGCUAUUGGCUGCCAGUGUUACAUGCAGCAGCCAAUGAGAGCGACGCAAUCGACCCGCAGCGAAUUGUGUUCGCCAAUGACGUGUCAAACCUGCUGCAUCCAAUCACAGACGCCUCACUCAGCUUGCAGUCUGUUGUGAUGACUCUGGUGAUACUCAAAGUGCCCCUUCUGCCCAUGAGCGACUCGGCGGUGAGGCUAUUGCAGCUCGAUAGGAUUCCCAGCGCGUUCGAUUUGGUGGAACAAGUGCUGGUUGCUUAUUAUCCUGCUGGACUGGUUCAAGCUGAAUUUGAACAAUAUGUCUCAGCUGUUGACGGCAUACCGUUGCCACCCAAUCACAAGAAGGCGUUGAAAGCGUUCAGCAAAGGCCUGCUGAAGAAGCCCGAGUUUCGCGAUGACUUGUGCCUGUACUCGGAGUACGCACUGGUCGAACGAGAUGUGGGCAAUCUGGAUUCGGCGUUGCAUGUCCUGCAAACGGCGUCCAAACUGCGUAAAUAUAUGCCUGACAAUGCUGCCUACAGCCAGCUGCAUCGAAAUCUGGUCGAAAUUCUGCUGAGAGCUGAUCCAGUCAACAAUAGGCAGAAAGCGGUGGAUCAGCUGUGCAGUUUGGUUUCAGCUCCUGAUGUAACUUCGGCCGCUGACAAAUUUCAUCACGCCACCAUUGAAGUGAUGCUGAAAUUGGAGAAAGAGGGAGAUAUUUGCAGAAAAUGGCGGCUGGAAGAUGUUUUGAGGCCACACUAUUCAGUCGAGUGGACGGCCUGCCAUGCUUACUUUCUCUUUCUAACUCACACCGUUUGGGUGUCGGCUGCUUUUGUCGAAAAAACGUUGGAGCGAAUUCUACCUCAAGCCAGGCCUGCCACUGUAGGGAUGUACAUCUGUGAAGGUCUUUAUGAGAUACUCAUCGACAUUCUACAUUUCCAUUGUGUUCAGUCCCUCUCGUCAUUCGCUGUACUGCAGAAAGCUGCAUACAAGGCGCAUGCUAUUUUUCCAAACAAUAUACACAUUCUACAUGUGAUGGGGUUGAUUGAGAAUGUGACAGAGGCGAGUCUGUUGGGAAUGAUUGUGGAUAAGGAUCUCUCAUGGAAUGCCCAUACUGACAGACUGGCGAACAGAAUCAGUAGCAGUUUAUUUGUUCUGCGAAACAUAGUCAAAGGGAUGUACAUCUGUGAAGGUCUUUAUGAGAUACUCAUCGACAUUCUACAUUUCCAUUGUGUUCAGUCUCUCUCGUCAUUCGCCGUACUGCAGAAAGCUGCAUACAAGGCGCAUGCUAUUUUUCCAAACAAUAUACACAUUCUUCAUGUGAUGGGCUUGAUUGAGACAAACGCAGGUGGCAGCGCUGGUAGUCCCUGGUGGAAACUCACUUCAGUUUUCACAUCCUCCCACUCGAUUUUUGCCAAACUUUUCCUGAUUUUCAUUUGCCGCGCGCGCAUUGCGCGUGCUCAAAAGCUAGCCACGAUCGGCAGCAAUCAGCUGAUUGAAGCGAGCGGCGGCUAUCAGCUGAUCGAAGCGAGCGGCAGCAACCAGAUGCGCUGGCUGUUCAAUCAGCUGAUGAGCGAUGAUCAGCUGAUUCGGUGUCCGCUGUUCUGGCGGCUGUGUUUGCAGUUCAGCGCGCUGCAUAGGGACAGCGACGAGAUACGCAAAACGUUCUACAAGGCGGUCGAGGAAUGUCCUUGGGUCAAGGCAAUCUACAUGGACGCAGUUCAGCUUCUACCGGAAAAUCUGCAAGAAAUUCAAGACUUGCUGAUUGAAAAAGAACUGAGAUUGCAUAGUCUCUUGGAUGAAUUGGAAAUCUUGAGGACUGAUGCUGUUUGAAAAGAACAUAGAAACUCUAGUGCGUAAGUUACGGAAGCUAAUGUGAUAAUUCAAUAAUUUUUAAAAAGAUCAUAAUUCAUUGUACAGUGUAUUUGUCGUAUAGGUAUGUAAGUA